CUCCAGCAGGCUUUCCUCUCCCAGUAGUUGCGCUGAACGGACGUGUCUACGCAACGCUCCGUUAGUUUUUUUUUCUUUUUAACGUGGCGGUUUCUAUUGUUUGUUGAUUAUCUGGAAAUUAGAAUUUUCCGCUUUCUGCAAGGAUAGCAUCGUAUAAGCUAUGUGGUAGUGUGUGUGUAUGGUGCUGUAUUUGGAGUGCUUCACUAUCAGCAAAAGGAUGCAGCUAAAGUGAAGUGUGUUUGACCAUCGAAAGUAGAUCAGUUUUGAAGUGGUGGUGCUGGUUCUACGGAAUGCGAGAAACCUUGCGUGAUUCACCAAAGUGCCUGUCUGUAGCGAGAAGUGCUCUACAUUUGCAUCAGAAAUAGUUACAGAAAUGCAAUGUUCCGAUUGUGGUGUGGAACAGAAUAUUUACACGCUUAAACGUACAUAUCAUCCGCUUGUAAGGCGAUGGCGUUUCCGGUUUGGUGGCCAUUUAUGUGACCUGUUUUAGUGCAACACAUCCAGUCGUAUGGUUGUCGCCUCUUCCUGUCGCGUACGUGACGUUCCGAGUGCAGUGAAUGGAAUUGUUAUCGUCAACUAGCAGCAGCUUGAUCGUUACAAACAGUGAAACAUAAGCAAGGUGCGGUACCGGACCGGAAGUGAGAAACUGCUCUACGAUCGAUCGUGUGUGUGUGUGUCUCGUUCCCAUUAUCAGAUGAAGUUUGUGUUUGGUUCGAGAUCGAAAACGAAUCCGGCGUCGGAACGCAAACACCAAGCGGACGGAUAGGCGAGCUAAAGAAGAUUUUGUCCACCGUGCACUAAGGCAAAGAUGUACGUCCGCAGAUUGUUCGGUCUCGUCUGAUUACUGGAAUAACCUCCAGUGACUUGUUGGGCGACUUGAUCUGCAAAAACCGUACAGAUCGCUUGAAUUCAUCGGUUUAGGCGUAUGGAUGUGGCGUGACGGCAAGAAGGCAGGUUAUGAAUCUCAAACGAAUGCUAUUGCAGUAUUGCUGAAAAGUGCAAAUUAUUACCACUAAAGUAACAACGUACGUAUAUUGAUAGUACAACUUGGAGACCGUUUUUGUAGCUGCAAAGUAUUGUGACGUUCGGAUCCGGUGUCGACCCGAUAGUGACCGCGUGACACACGACCACGUAAACGAGGUACGAUAGUUGGGCGUGCUCCGCCAAAGGAGCCGUCGACGAACUACGAUUCUAUACGCACCUGCCAUGUUAAGACGGGGCAGAAAGAUGCGUCAACCAAUGGCGCUAUUUACCCUGUUCGUGUUGGCUGCGAGCUGGUACAGUUACGUGCCAACGGUGGUAGCAGCUAGUGAAGGCAAUAGCAAAAGCAGCCGGCCAUUGCAAAAGCAGACAGUCAAUCUUGCACAGAGCCAUCGAUUAGCAGGUGGUGUUAGUCAGUUGUAUGACUACCAGCGGGAACUGUUUACCGGAGGACAGCGACGAAAACGGAGUGCAUACAGCACUCAGUAUGACAGCGGUAACGCGGUCAGUGUGAAUGAUUAUUCUGAAGGUGUGGGGGGUCUCGUUAACAGCAACAUUGGAAGUGGCGGCUCGUCGAGAGAGUCAAACGUUGGUCCAGAACUGCUGCGUGACAAUCGCAAACCCAGCUUCGUGGAGUGCGACAGUUACAAGCCGAUGCUGAAGGAAGAACAGUCGGUGGGAACGCCGGUGAUGCGUGUCACUGCGACCGAUCCAGAUCCUCGGCAAACGAUCGAGUACAGCUUCGUGACAACACCGGGCGAGCGAGCCCGUUUCCGCAUUGACAAGAGUACGGGCGAAAUCACCACGGCUCACAUCUUCGAUCGCGACGAGCCAAUACGUGAGAAGGAGAUCUACAUCACGGUACGUGCGACCGACAAUGGACGACCUCGGCUGGAUGAUGUGUGUACCUUCAAGGUAACGAUCCUGGACAUCAACGACAACCCGCCGGUGUUCGAUAAGGUGCGGUAUGAGGAAUCGGUCACGAAAGAUAUGAAAGCGAAUCUGCGCGUAGCUACCAUCUCGGCGACGGAUAUGGACGAUGGAGAUAACAGUAUCAUCAAGUACUCAAUCGUGCAGCAGAACCCAGACAGCAGCUACUUCAAGAUCAACGAGAACAACGGACUGCUCACGCUUACAAAGCCGGUCGAUCGCAGUCCCGGGCAGCACUACUCGAUUCGCGUAAGGGCGUACAAUGUGGAUUCGCAGGGUGAGGCUGUACAGGAUGCGGAGGUAGACGUGAAAGUACGGGUUGUGGAAUCCAAUAAACUACCGCCUUACUUUACCAAGGUGCAAGCUGUGGCGAUUGUGCUGAAUGAAACAUUCAAGAACUACACCGAAUCGUUAGCAGAUUUCGAAGCCGAAUCAAACAUUCCCGAGAAACCGGAAGUGAUCUUCGAACUAAUUCAGGGUCGUGCUGAGCAAACGAAUUCGAAGAAUACAUUCUUGUUGGAACAGAUCAAUAAUACUGCCUCCAUCAAGCUGGGAAAGACGCUUGAUUACGAAACCGUGACGGAGUACACCCUCACAGUGAGUGUCAAAAAUUCGCACGACCUGGUGGCAGAAACCGUGCUGAAGAUCAAGGUUCUGGAUGAGAACGACAUCAUCCCAGUGUUCACGGAAGUGACGUCGGGCACAAUUCCAGAAGAUGAGCCGCCCGGUACUCCUGUGAUGCAGGUACGAGCGUACGAUCUGGAUGGAACUUCGGCCAACAAUAUUGUAUCGUAUCGGUUCGACGACGAAAAUCAGCAAUUGUUCCAUAUCGACAGUCGAACGGGAAACAUCACGUCGCUGGCUGAGUUCGACCGAGAAGCUACCGAUUCCUACCAUUUGAAAAUCAUCGCAGAAGACAACUCCCCAUCAGCAUUGUAUAGAAAUGGCAAGCCAAACAGUAUCUCCCAGCUGUUCAUCAUCAAGAUCUCGGACAAGAACGAUCAUCAACCGAAAUUCGUCAAGGACCACUUUGUGGCAGAAAAUGUACCGGAAGAUGCCAAUAUCAACACGGUAGUGAUCGAAGUGACUGCGAUUGAUCAAGACACGGCUUCACUCAUCACCUACAGCAUUAUUGAUGGUAACGUGGGCGAUGCGUUCAAGAUUGAUGAGAAUACUGGUCGUAUCUCGGUAAACAGUCGACUGGACUACGAAACGAUCCGUGAGUACAUGCUGAUCGUGCAAGCGGACGAUGGUAUCUUCCAGGACAACGCGACUGUAUCGAUAAAGAUCGAGAACGUAAACGACAAUCCGCCACGAUUCAUAGAUCUCAGAAAUGUGACGAUUCAAGAAGAAACGAUUCCGCCUGGUUGUAUCAUGACCAUCCAAGCGUUCGACCCUGACAUCGAGAGUCGAGACGAGCCUCAACACAUUCGAUUCUCAUUCGUAAAGGAACAAGAAGACCUGUUGGAGAUCGACGACAACGGAUGUCUGCGGCUCAGAAAGGCGCUGGAUCGCGAUCCACCGCAAGGUUUUAAGAGCUGGCAGUUCAUUAUCACCGCAACGGACGAGGAUGGCGCAGGAAAAAAAACACCGGCCACUGUAAACAUUUUCCUCGAAGAUAUCAAUGAUAACGCACCGCAUCUUUCGAACGCCAUGCCAGUAGUGUGGGGAGAAAACCGUUCGCCAGGAUUGAUCGUGAGGCUGACUGCGGAAGACGUAGACGAAGCCCAGAACGGUCCACCAUUCUACUUCAGCAUUGAUCCAAACGCACCGUACGAAAUCAAAGAACGUUUCCAAGUGCAAGGUGACGAACUGUAUGCGUUGGUCGAGUUUGAUCGAGAGGAGCAGAAGGAGUAUCGAGUACCGAUCAGAAUCAGCGACUCUGGCGAGGAACCAAUGAGCGACGUCAGUAUACUGCAGUUGGUGAUUGGUGACGAAAACGACAACGAAAUGCGGCCCGGCGAAAGUCGCAUCUUCGUAUACAACUACAAGGGCGAAUCGCCCAACACAGAAGUUGGCCGUGUUUACGUGGACGAUCCAGACGACUGGGAUCUGCCGGACAAAACGUUCCAGUGGGACGAUGCUACGCGCCAUCAGUCGGUAGACUUCUUCGAUCUGAAUCGGGACACGGGUAUGAUCACAAUGCUACAAGGUACUCGGGGCGGAGAAUAUGAGCUGAACUUCCACGUUGUUGAACAGUUGAGCCAUUUCACACAUAACGUCACAGCCAAGGUGACAGUCACGGUGAAGGAAAUCCCCGAGGAAGCGGUCGACAAGAGCGGAUCGAUCCGUUUCCAUAACGUAACGGCGGAGGAGUUCGUAUCGCGUACACCUGGCCAACUCUCCACGCCCAAAGAUCGACUGCAGAUGAGCAUUGCAAACACCCUGAACGUGAGUCGCGAGAAUGUGGACGUGUUUACCGUUUUGAAGCGCGACAAUGUCAACGGAACAUUCUUGGAUGUACGGUUUUCGGCCCAUGGCAGUCCUUAUUACGCACCGGAGCGAUUGAAUGGAAUGCUCGGCUACCGACUUCGCCAGCUGGAAGAGGACGUCGGUCUGUCCGUGCUGAUGGUGGGCAUCGACGAGUGCAUCGAAGAGGGUCGCAACUGUGAGCUUUCGUGCAAGAACACACUCUACAAGUCGAAUGUGCCGAUCGCGGUCUACACCAACACCAGCUCGUUUGUGGGUGUAAAUGCGUUCGUGCAGGCGGAAUGCGUAUGCGAGGCUCCUCCACCUUCACUGACCUGUCUGAAUGGAGGCUUCCUUGUGAACGAUCGGUGCUCUUGCCCGGACGGCUUCGAAGGUCCGCACUGCGAGAUGCUGGGCAUCGGGUUCUACGGCAGUGGAUAUGCUCUCUAUCCACCGAUCAGUCCUUGCAACAUGACACGGAUCAGCGUAGAACUAUCGCCGCACCAGGAAGAUGGCUUGGUCAUGUACAUUGGACCGCUAAACUACAAUCCUCGUCUACAAGUGCAAGAUUUCCUGGCGCUGGAACUAGUGAAGGGACUUCCGGUAUUGCUGCUCGACUAUGGUAGCGGCACAACACGCAUCGAACACCGUCAUCGGUUUCCACAGGGAAAACCUUUCACCGUCGAGAUCGUGCUACAGCCCCAGACGAUCGAGAUGAUCGUAGACAACUGCAAGCUGUCUACGUGCAUGAGCCUGGAUGCACCAAAAGGGCCGAAUCGCUUCCUCAACGUAAAUGCCCCGCUUCAGUUGGGAGGAGCAGCCGUCAAUCUGGACUAUCUCGGUUCGUUGUUUAACUGGACGUACGUGCCACAGGACAAAGGUUUCAGCGGCUGCAUAAGAAACCUGACCAUCAACGAACGUACGUACGAUCUUGGUCUGCCGAGCCUUGCGAAGAAUGCCGAUCCAGGCUGCCAGCGGUCCGUGGCAGUUGCCGUAUCGUUUGGCAUCGAUUCUUACUUCCUGAUCGCGAUCAUCGCCUGUAUCGUGUUGCUGCUGAUACUGUUGCUUGCGUUCGUCGUUCACAAAAAGCAUCAUGACGGUUGGCACGAGAAGGAUAUAGACGAUAUUCGCGAAACGAUCAUCAACUACGAAGAGGAAGGCGGUGGUGAGCGGGACGCAGAAUAUGAUCUCACCGUGCUCCAGGGACCCCCAAUCUAUCUCGACAAACCGUACGGUAGCGAUCUGCGACAGAAGGAAUCAGCAACGGAGGUGCCCGAUAUUGGGGCGUUCCUUACCGACAAGAAGGAUGCUUGUGACAAAGAUGCGGACGCCUACCCGAUCGACGACGUGCGACAUUAUGCGUAUGAGGGCGAUGGUAACAGUACCGGAUCACUGUCAAGUCUUGCUUCGUGUACCGACGAAGGUGACCUGAAGUUCAACUAUCUAUCCAACUUUGGACCACGGUUCCGCAAACUGGCCGACAUGUACGGGGAGGAACCUUCCGACACCGACUCGAACGUGGAUGACGACGAAGGCUGGAGGAUAUGAGACGAACGCACGGGUUUGGGCUUGUGUGUGAUAACACAAUAACUUCGUAGCGUGAGGCAUCGAGUGAAUGAGCGUGUAUGUAUGUGUGUAUGAGCGUAUGUUACUUUUGCUAAUCAAACUAGGCGAUAAAGAGACAAUGUUGUGGUGUUGUCUUUUGUGAUGAUCUUCCGUUCAGUAGUACUGAACCACCGUAUCUCAACGCUCGGAAAAAAACCGGAAGAGGACAAUCUUCUUUAGGACAGAAAUAAGUAUUCUAACGCGCAGCAGCUAGUAAGGGGAGGGGACACACUAGUGCAACUUCAUCAGCACCACUCCACGGAGCAUGCUCCUGUUUUGCACCUUUUUCUGGAAGCGAUGGUGGUAUGUCCGUUUUGGGAAAGGAUAUAUGCACAAUUUUAAACCCGAAUCCAUUAAUCAUGUUCCUACGAGUCUCUAACGUAUUUUACUAAUCGCACGAGUCGUCCUUCCAUCUAGAAACAAAACGAGCUUUAGAACUAACUAAAGUUAUUUAUUUAGGCUGGAAACGUUUAAAAGCAAUUUCUCAAUUGAUUUAGAAAGAAGGGUGCGAAUACAGACUCUACUGCUGCGCAUCCAUCCUACUGCCAUUUAUGUUUAUUUCAUGUAUCCCGAUGCCUCUGACUUCACACACUCUUAUGCACAAAGCUUCAGAUUGCUCCAAACGAGUCAAAUGUCGUGCUCCAUGAGUCAGCAUUAGUUCGUGGAAUGGAGUCAAGCAAAAAGCUUCCAACUCUUGGCACACGUACAACUAUCCAUUCCGUGCCGUAUGCGUGGGUGAUUAAUAGUGCAAACAUCCAUCCAAACCAACGCGAACAAAGCAGCUAACGUGUUCAGGAUGUGUUUUCUGUAGUUUGGAGAAAGGAGGGCCCUUCUAGGGUGUUUCCCGACGCCCGGCUGUCCUUUUUCCCCCUUUUUGGAAGGAUUCUCCCUGUUUUCGAACCGCGGUUUACGCGGCAAGCACAAGAGCUCACGAUGACUCAUGUGUGCGAUCUGCCCUUUUGGGACGAUAGGCGCGAGGCCCGGUAGUGUGUUGUGGUUGCCGAAAACCCCAUCGUCCGCAAAGCAUAGGAAGAGGUGUGUGUAUGUUUUUUUUUAAUUUCUGUAGUAUUAGACUCGCGUUAGGGAACGGUAUAGGACAAUCCGCAAAGAAUGAAAUUCUACAGCUAGAAUUAUGGUUUAGGACUCCCAAAAGAAACAAACAAAAGAAAAGGAAUUGUUAAACGGUGAGGGAACAGGAAAACUGAUUCGGGGUUUUUCCUUUUCGCCAUCGUUCAUUCCAGUUUUCGUUAUCCAAAUCAUUUUGUUUUUAAGCUUUAUUUCUAUUUCGUUAUCCAUUUUUUUUUAAGCGUAAGCGUAGAACAAAACGAGAAAGCAUCAUUAGUUAACCCGGAAUGCGGCGAAAAUGUAGGACUAACUCGGAAUGCGGAACAUAAGACUUUUAUAGAAAAAAAAAAUCAAAACUUUUUCCUAAUGUGCUAUUGAAAGAAGGAUUGUAAUUGAUGGAAUUGAAGCGCGGAAACUAUAGGCCUAGCAUGCGUUGUGCUGUAGCUGCUGCAGAACAAUGUACUUUUUCGUCUAGCUAAUGUAGAGAAUAAUCGAUAAUAAAUCUGCAUUUAGGUAGAGACCGGUUUUUAGUCCCAUUAAGAUGAAAAUAGUCGCUAAGAUUAGAUAGAGCUGAAGAGAUAACGAAUGUGAGCAUAAACGAACGAAUUAAACAAUGCGAAUCACAAAAAAACAAUCCUCUCACGCAUGCAAGUUGCAUCUCCUCCGACCAGAAAGUGUACUUCUAGAGAGAUCGAAGCUUGUUGUGAAGCUUAUUUUUACCGUUCAGCAAAAGACAUCGAUCGAAUGUAGCGCAUAGAGCACGUUAGGGAUGUAACAUAGGAAAAAAAAAAACGGAACAAAAAUCGUAAAUCAGCUGCCUUAACAUUCACCAUCCACCGUUCGUGGCCGUGCGGUGAGACGAUUUGGCUUUCAGUAAGCUGUCCGCCGCCGCCCCGGUCAGUGAUCAGAGAAGACAUAUAUAUUUUUGUGUAUUUAUUAGCUAGAUGAAUCGGUAUAAUCGGCGGCAGCUCUUAAGGAAGUGAUAGAACGGUACGAACAAAAUGUGUAUGGAAGUUGGUUGUAGGUUGUAUAAAUAGGAACGAAAGAGCACAUGGAUUGUUGUGGAGGUUUGGUGCUGGGUCGCGUGUUGGCACAAGGACGGGCGGCGCUGUGCUUUACGUCAUACGUUUUAUGUGUAUAGUUGAAGAUUUUAACACUUUUCCUCCGAAGUCUUCUCCACGAGAACCGUUCUAGUUGCGAGGGAGGGAAACACAAGAUACAGAACAGUAGAUUAAGUACAUUCGGUAGGAAACAACGAACAAAACACAAAAGCACUGCAGUAGGGGCGUUGUAUAGUGCCGCAUUUUAAACGCAUAGAAAAGACAUAGCUGUAGGAGGAAGCGACAGGUUACAGACGUCGGUUGAACUAUUGCAUUGCUUGAACAACAACAACAUUUUCUCAAACGUACUUUUCCCUCCGUAUGUCUAUAGGCUCAACAUUCCAACACAGUUCUUUAGUCAUCGAAAAUGAUAAUUUUUACCGUUCAGUAUAUAUAUUUAGCGAGCGUCCGUUUUUGAGUGCGUUUCGCGUGGAAAUUAGGAAGCUAUAAGUUUUUAGAAUCUCUUACUUUCUUUUUAACGAUCACAUUGCAGCUAUUGCCGGGAACAACAGUUUAGUUAUUAACCAUUUCUGAAACAAACAAAACAAACAAACAAAUCUCAUCCAUAAAAUAGUGAAAAACAGCGUCUUUGCUUCUUGCCCGUUGUUAGGUCGUAUGUAACGAGCAUUUGAAGGAAACAGAAGGUGUUAGAAAGUGAUGAUUGCAACCACCGGCAGUCUACUAUAGCUUCCUCCAGAGACAAAGGCACCUGUCGUGUGUGUAGUGUGUCUCCAAUAGAACGAAUGUACAGGGUCGGAUAACAUGGAAUAUAAGAGAAAUAUUUUUAUUUCAAAAAUAA